CUGGAUCCAUCCCAAAAGCAGCUCUACAGAGAUGUGAUGUGGGAAAACUUGAGGAAUGUGGCUGCUGUAGGAAGGAACUCACAUCAACAGCCCAGUGAAGAGAAGAAUAGCACUUGCAGGAACAAUCUAAGAUGUGAAAAGGUAGAGAAAUCCUCUCAAUAUAAAUUAUGCUAUCAGCAUGAAGAAGGAGUUUCUCAGACUCCAGAACCAAACAUGCGCAUGAAAGUUGUUGGUGUAAAACCCAGUGAACGUAUUUACUUGAGAAGGAUGCUAGAUGAUCGUUCUUCGCCAGACUGUCCCAUAAUGGCUCACACUACAGCCAAACCACACGGGAAGAAGGGAUUUCAAGAGAAGUUGUCUUCCUGUAACAAACAUGGGAAAGCCUGCAGCAAACUCCAGUCCUUUCAGAAACAUGUGAAGACAAGUCCUGGAAGGAAGCCCCAUGAAUAUGUGCCAUGUGCAAAAUCCUAUGCUCAUUUUAGUGAAGAAAGUACCAUCGAGGAGAAACCUGAUGCCAAAUCAUGCAUUAAAUGCAAUAAUAUUCGAACUGGAAAAUGUUGUAAUCCUCAUGAUGAUGUCCAGACUCAUGAAAAAUGUAACUCUAGAGAAAACACACAUGAAGGUAAACAUCGAGGAAAACCCUUCAGUCACACUUCACUGAGUAAUCCUGAAAGAACUCAUAUUAUGGAGAAUCCCUAUGUUUGUGAGCGUUGUGGAAGAGCUUUUAGUACACAGAGAAAAUGCAAAGAACAUGAACGAACUCACAUACAGAAGAAACCCUACGUAUGUAAGCUAUGUGAAAAAGCUUUCAGCACCUGUGCUUAUUUUAAACUACAUGAAAAGAGCCACUCUGGUCACAAACCCUACGUAUGUGAGCAGUGUGGGAAUGCCUUUAUAACAAAUGGUCAGUGCCGAAAACAUGAAAAAAUUCACACUGCAGUGAGAGCUUAUGUAUGUCAGCACUGUGGAAAAGCUUUUAGCACCCGGGCUUAUUGUAAAAUACACGAAAGGCGUCACACGAGGGACGCGUGCUAUGUAUGUAUGCAGUGUGGGAAAACUUUGAGCAUUCACAGUAACUGGAAAGAUCAUGAACGAACUCACACUGGGGAGAAACCUUUCCUGUGCAAACAGUGUGGAAAAUCUUUCAGAACACAAAGUAAUUAUCGAGUACAUGAACGAACUCACACAGGGGAGAAGCCCUUUGUAUGUAAGCAAUGCGGGAAAGCUUUCCGUGCAAAAAGGGACUGUCAGACACAUGAAAGGUCUCACACUGGAGAGAAACCUUAUGUAUGUAAGCAGUGUGGCAAAGCUUUUAACAGAAAAAACAAUCUUCAAAGACAUGAAAAGACUCACACUGGAGAGAAACCCCAUGUUUGUAAACAAUGUGGAAAAGGUUUCAUCACAAUAAAUGAUUGUCACAUUCAUGAAAGGACUCACACAGGGGAGAAACCCUAUGUAUGUAAGCAGUGUGGCAAAGCUUUUGGUAUUAAAAAAAGUCUUCAAAGACAUGAAAAGACUCACAUUGGGGAUAAUCCAUAUGUAUGCAAGCAAUGUGGCAAAGCCUUUACCUCAAAAAAUUAUCUUAAAGGCCAUGAAAGGAAUCACACUGUGGAGAAACCCUGCGUAUGCACACAGUGUGGAAAAGCUUUUAGGAAAAAAGAUGAGUUGCAAAGACAUGAAAUGGUUCAUACUGGGGAGAAACCCUGUGCAUGUAAGCAGUGUGGAAAAGCUUUUAGGCAAAAACAUAGAAUGCAGAUACAUGAAAGGGCUCACAGUGAGGAGACACUGAAUGCACAUAAGCAACGUGGGAAAGCUUUUACUGCAAUAGAUGUUUGUAAGGCCGGCCAGAUAGCUCAGCAGACUAAAGUGCCUGCUUAGGCACACGCAGGAGCCUGGGGUUCGAUCCCUGGCCUACCGUAUUCGGCUUGCC